AUGGGAUUUUUGAGUGGUGUUCUCAGUAACAUCAAAGAGCAUCUAGGGCAGCAUAAAAACACUUUAAAUGAUGCAAUUGACACUCUCAACACCAAUAAACACCGCGGUAAAAAAGGUUUUAAUGAAGCGAUUGGAAGUGUGGUCGCAGGGGUGGGGAGGUAUAAUAAGGCAGUGGAGCAGUCUAAUAAUGAAGUCAAGAAUCCAAUUGAUGAGCUUCUAAAAUUCACCAAGCAUGACGGUAAGUUAAUUAGAGAUCUUAAAAGCGUGCAGGUUGAUAACAUCCAAGAGAACAAGGAAGCGGAGCACGUUGAGAAGAUGCACCGCGCCGUGAAUGAGUCCCUGGAUGAGUGUCGGCAGCAAGCUGAUAAAUUCAUACAAUCACUUGAUGGACAAACUGAGAACAUUAAUAACCUUAAUCCUAAAUUACGUGACACUGUAAAUAACGUAGUUGCGUGCAUCAAGCACGAGCGUGAGCGUUUGAGCAAGUUGGCAGAGAAGGAAAGCGCCGACUUGGAGGCGCUGAAGACGGGCAAUAAGACGAAGCUUGAUGAGCUGAAAGGCGUCAUGAAUAGGGAAAUAGAUAGGCAAAUAAAAGUGAUUGUUAGAAAAUUGAGGGAAUUGGUUCAGCUUAUUUUGGAUGAACUUGUGAAGGUCCAUGAUAAGCUUGUUGACUUUGCCAAAUCACUAGAUGCGUGGAUGAAAAACAGUAACCGCAUAUUAGACCUUGCUGCAGCAAACACUAAGAAGGUGUUAGAUGAGGUUGAUGGAAAAGCCACGCCAAACAAUAAAGCAGAUCUGCAACAAGCUAUUAAGAAAGUAGGUAUGGAUUUUAAAGAAAAAGCCAGCGAGUUGGAUAAGUGGAAGAAAGCGGGCACGGAGGCUGUUAGAUUGGCGAAGGAGAAGUGUACGGAGAUCGUCGGGAAGUUGAAUGGACAGGAAGGUGAAAAAACGCCUGGUACUAAAGGAGGAGUAAAAGAUGCUGCCGAUACGUUAAGAGCAAAGGCAGAUGAGUUACGAGAGAAGGCGUACAAAGCUAAGGAGCAGGUGACGGAGUGGGUGAGGCAGGCUAUCGGUGCCGUAGGAGUGAUGGACCGUGCGCUUAAAGAUGAACUAGGUACAGUGAGAAAUCAGAUUAAGACCAGAUUGCAAGCAUAUGUGGAGCAAAAAUUAUCGCACCAGAUUAGGAAGGCUCUUGAAGGUAUGACCGAUAUUAUCGCAAAGGAUGAUAAUGGAGGUCUCCUUGGAUCUAUUGUACAAGGUGUGAAGGGAAACGUAUCAGGCAUUGAAACUAAACUUGCAACGGCGGCCAAAGAGAUGAUUACUAAAAUGAUGGAUGAGCCUAAGGGAGCGGUGCAUCAAUACAUCGAUUGGUAUGUCGAUCAGAACAAAGAAACGCACAAUCAACUGCAAACGAAGGGCAUCGAGAAAGUGAAAAGAUCAAUUAAUGAUUACCUUCCAAAUGUUAUUCAACAGGCAAUGUCCCAUGCCGCAGAAGCAAGCAGCCUUAAGAGUGCCGUUAACUUGGAUAAUCUCUCUGAAAACUUACGAACAUUUGCCCAACAGAUUGUCAAAUCAAUCGGUACCAUUAGAGCUGCUGACCUUGUCAAACAGAUUGAGGGUGAUUUAAAAUCGAACAGUGUACUGGAGGAUAGAAGCAGCACCACCAACCACAAUCUUGAAUACGCCCUGGAGAUUGUCGUAGCGGCGGUAUCCGCGAUGAGUACCAACUUUGCGAUGCAACUGAGAUCAUUAAUUGAAUCUUCUAGCAUUAGCAAUUUGCAGUCCGCGAUGGAAAAAGUGAAGGGGCUUGGCGGGAGUUUGCAGACGGCGCUAAUAACUCCUGGGUCAAGUACUCUUGGCACGCAAUUUGACGAUAGCAUAACUGAGAUAUUGAAAGGUCAAUUACCGGGGAUGAGCGGUACUGUUGAUGUUCACUCGGCGUCUGCACUGUUGACGUACCGUACUCACGUCAAUACAUCCAGCGGCAACCCAGAAGGUCAUGUUCCAACGGCAAUCAACAAAAUUCAAAGUCAGGGAUUGUCUACGCUCACAGAUGUCGUUGCAGCGGAUGGUGAUGAGCGAACAAUAGGCACUCAGACUUUUAACAGAUUGCGCGCCACUGUCGACUCGAGCCUGGACCAAUUCACCAGUGGUGUUAAGAACCUUGUCAAAAAGGAGAACACUGGCACCGACAGAGACAGUAUCGACGCCUAUUUGGAAGAGUUAAACAAGAUGCUUAGCAACACUGACCAAUUCACAUUAACCGCCGACGAAAUGUCGUCGCACAACUCUCUGAAAGGCCUCGCGCUUAUCACUAGCCAACUUGAAGGCCUAAUGACCAGUAGCGUCGACAGCCUCAACAGAGAACUUAGCUACUUAUGCAGUGCUAUUAGGCGCGACGGAGGAACUCUUAAGGACCAACUGGAAAACUUGAGAACGGAAAAAGUCGAAAAGGAGCUUAAGGCUAUUAAAACAAAUAUUGAACAUUUAAUUGAGGGUGAGUUAAAGAACGCCAUAGACGGAACGUACAAAUUCUUGAAUACUCAAGCCGACACUGCCGGCAGGCAAAUCAUCGGCCAACUCCACGACUUCGUCAACAAACAAACCGACAACACCCUAUGCGCGGUGAACAGGCAGGCGCAGAAGAAUUUCAUAACAUCCAUCAGAGACUUGCUGACGGCGUUUGCGAAAAAGGCGGAAAAGGAGCUGAUGCCGCUGCCGCAAGCCAUAACAAAUGAUUUGGACAAAGGACAUAAAGGGUUCAUGAAAACAUUCGACUCCAAAUUCGUCAAGCGGUUCGAAGCAAUUAAGGAUGUCUCUACCAAGUUCUCCCCUCCGCAAAAUUCUCCACUCAGCCAGGCAGCAGAAACAUUACAUAGGGCCUUCAGACGUUUAUUCCUUAAUUUGGCAAAUCAAGAGGACUUUAUUCCCGACAAACAGAAAAUCAUGCCGUGGCAGUCUGCUUUCGUCACUUUGCUCGAUGGGCUUAAGGCAUCGGAAUACUUCGACCCUAAAUUUCACUCUAAUUUAGAGAUACUCAAACUGAAGGUCAACGAAUUUGACCCGCACGUAUUCGGCGAAGGAAAUGCUCCACUUAUACUUAACGCCUUACGAGAUGGUCUCACCCCUAUGAUCACUGAACUCGACAGAGCAUAUAUAUCGGUAUACGACACCGAAACGUGGGAUGCGUACUAUCAGAAGAAUUACGCUAGAAUAUUUUUCACCGUAAUCACUACUCUGUUUCACGAUCUCACUCAUCUAAUUGACAGAUGCCAAUUUUCUUGGUUCUCGAAAGAGAUUAAUUCCAUUACCCUGCUGGGCAGUCUCCUCAACAAAUGCGGGUAUGAGGUUGCUACUAACGAUAAGGAGUGCAACGGGGAAUUGCGUAAUUCAUCAGGUAUGCAAGGUCAACAUAUCAUUCGUAACCUCGCUAAGGUGAUCGGAGGCGCUAACGACAAUGAACAUCUUCAACAAUGCAGAGACGAUAAGGAGAGCGAAGAUGCCCAAGACAAGAAACAGCUACCGAAAACCAAAUUCAACGUCAAAGACAUCCUUGCUUGUUUAGCCAGGCACUUAGAGAAGUACAACGACCUGCGUCACUCAGUAGCUCCACGUAAAGCAAGCUCGCCGUGCAGCGUAUAUGAAAUGUUGAUUUGGCUAACGGGCCUACCGUAUACACGCGUGCAUUCGGAUAUGGUUAGCGUGACAAUCAGCGCGCUGUUCGAAGAUCGGAAGAAACACAGGACGGAGAUCGCAGACGGUAUCGAGUUGACAGCCGUCGCUACACAAGCCAUGUCACUGAAUGCCUACCCAACGAGCAUCAGAUAUGAAAACGUUACGUCAGCAAUCACGCAGAUUUGCACGUCAUCAUAUGACAUACUAACCACCGUCCUCGGCACUGGGGACGCCGCUACGCAUUACGCCUCUCAAUAUUGUGACAACACGUUUAAUCUACACUAUCCGUCUGAUGCAGCAGCGUGCCUUGACAUGUUCCUGGACAUCCUUCGUAGAGUCUUACCGCCGCUCAGAUUCUUGCACAGCCAGUGUACCUUGGAGGCUAAGUACGCUGGUUGGUCACACUGCCAGUACGGCAAAGAGAUACCUACAACCAAAUCGCACUGUAACGAGAGACCAGCUGACAAAGCAACGUGCCAAGCAAACAACAAAGUAAAUUGUCAACCAACGUCUCCAUUGAUGUCUUGUCUAAACGAUUGCUUGCCUGGACAGCUUCCCCACCAACUCGCAUCCAUUGGCUGCAAUUACAAAUGUAUGACGUGCCCUGCUACUUCGAAAGUUGGGAUGCCCUGCCUAACUCCCUUCGGAUUUAGAGCGUUCUCUGGGUCUACAAAGACCGGUAAACACCUGUGCGAAAUGCUUGGCAAAUUCCUCUCCAUUGCAGAUCUCACAUCGCUAUUAUGCCUGCUGCCGAAACCUCCUUCCUCGUUGCCUGAACACUAUCAGUUUGCCGUAUCACUCGUUCGUCGUUGGAAUGAGACGGGUAAGGUUGCAACCAUCAAAGACGCAUUCGUCAAAUCCAUCAACGGCCAGACAAUACAUCUGCACGACGCACCUAACGACUUCACCGAUGCGCUUUGCAAUGCGUAUGGUGACGCCCGUACAAAUCAUAAGGCCAAUAAUCCUGAAAACCACACUGCUGAUAUAUCAAGCUUAUCUAUGAGAACAUCAUGCUCCGAUAAGAACCACUGUGCGCCUUACCUCCAGUCCCUAUAUCAAGAUACGUAUUACUACUUUGCGGAGCAGCACGCCAAUCUCUACCUCUCAUGGGCGAUUUACCUACCAUGGACGCUACACCGUUAUCUCAAGGCAUUGCUUGCCGCGUUCCAACAAAUCAUCUGUAAAGACUGGGGAUGCGGCAGAUGUAUGCACCCUGAUUCGUGCAAGCCGGGAAGUCACGGCAGCUACAAGUCUCCUUGUCAAUGCAAGUCUAUAGUGACAUGUAAGGGUGUUUCUGCGACAUUGUACCAGUACGGCUUUACAUUCGCCGAUGCACCCGUAUUAUAUACAUUUAAUACACGUAAAAAAUGUCAUAAUUUCGUUCAACAAUUACAGAAGGUUAUUGAGUCGUCAUACUUCAGUGACCUAUUCAAGCACUGCGACAACUUCCUCUUCACCAUCAGGCAGCCGUUCAUAUGGACGACCGUGGCGCUCUGGUCACUGUCCCUCUUCUACCUCAUCUGCGUAAUGGUUGGCAGACUGGAUGUGCUCCACAUACGCUCACACCUGCGAACACCGUCGUCGCACAAGAUAACGGCGCAAUCGCUGUUGGCGGCAGCGCAAGUCGGAAGGCUUGCCAAGAUAUCGUACCUGCAGCCGUAA